ACGCGCUGUCAAAACAAAGAAAUAAAAUAGAAAAGAGGUGAAAUUUUAUUUUCGUUUUCUGUUUUACCCUCAAAACGAAAGGCAAUAGAAAAAAAACAGGCAGGAAUAAAGGCAAAAACAGCGAUUCCCGCUUGAAGGCAACCUGUACGAAGGUGUGCGUCGCUAGUUUGCUUGCAUUCCGUUCCGUAUUCCAAAUUGCCUAAGGCAACACAAACAAUUGUGGUCGUCCGUACCCAAUAGCAGUUCCCCCAUUCAUCAUCAUCAUCGUCGUCAUCGCAGAACUCAUCCGUAAAGGGCAGGCGGUGGUUUUUAUUUGGGGGGAAAACCGGUGUCAUCCCGAUUCACCGUAAAUCGACAAAGCAAUGGAUCGAAAUCCGGGACGACAAGGACCGAUGUCGAUGUCUCCGGGUGUAAUGCGAAGACCGGGCGGAAUGUCUAGCAGGGAUAUGCAUCAACAGAAUCACUCAUCCUACCAAACACAGCAGAAUCUGGUAUCGGCGACAGCCGGUGGAAUGAUGAACAAUGGCGGUGGCAAUGGACCACCUGCACCUGCACCACCGUCCUCGGUGGCAUCGUCCUCGAUGAUGCACCAGAUGCACCCGAUGCAGCAGAACCAUCCACAGCAGCUGCAUCAACAGACAGCACAGAUUCAACAUUCGCAGCAUGACGAGCUCAUUCGAUACAUAAAUGAGGCAUGGAAUAGUAUAACUACCGACAAGAGCCAGAAGGCGCCAGUAUUCUACAAGAGCGUACCUGAGCCACGAUUGUCCGGAUUCACACCAUUCGAUCUGGAACGCUGGUGGGGACAGCGGAUGGUACAUCACCUCAACAUCGGUUCCCAUGGCCACCAGUGAGCUGCGUUACGUGUGUUGAAGUUUGAUGUCAGUGGAAAGGAAGAGGCAAAGCGCGCCAGAUCGUUCGGGUCAACCUGUUCAUGGACAUUUCCAUCGGCAUUCGUCAACUUUCCAUAUCUUAUAUCACCCUUACUUUUACGAUUUUAAUGCUCCCCCUGGAAGAGAAUUCCGUUAUUAUUUUACUGUCAUCAAGAGCUGUAAUUCGUAUGAAUGCAAUAACACGUGUAAAGCAUUGUACGGAUUACCGCUCUUGAAUGGUUUGCAAUUGUUUGCCUUCUUUUCACCUUUUAUUUCGACUCUACUUGUUGCACCUGUGCAAUCUUUAAUAUUAACGUGGAGUGUCUAUAUGUGUUUGUAGAAAAGUAACAGAUUCUUUUAAACCGCUUUUACUCUUGUAUGUAAGCAAACGAUGGUUGGCCCGUUUGGACCAUGGAGAGGGUGCAGAGCGAUCGAUGGCAUAGGGUAAUGUGUAUCGAACGAGAAAAGUGCAGAGGAUGAAAUAGGCAGAUUGCCGUUUUGAUUCGAAAAAGGAUUACAAUAUUGUGCGAGCAAAAAAAAAACACGGAAGUGGCACACACAUCCAAUGCUAACAACGGUGGGGUUUAUAGACAAAUGCAGAUUAUUUCUAAACUUCAUUUUUUUUCCAAUCAACCCUGUCCUAUUCGAACGUAAUUAGUUCUCAUGGAACGACGCGUGACACGAAAUAGCAAAAAUGAUACUUCUUUUGUUUACUGUUUUACUUCAAGUAGAAGAAUUUGUAUCGAAAACAAUAGAGAAACCGUUCCCAGUUGCAAACAGGAAAUGAUAACGAAAUCGUGUAAUUUGAAUUCCUUCGUAAUAUAAGGGUGGCGAAAUGCGAAUGCUUGAACGGGAUUGGCACUGUAAUAAAAUAUCAUUUGAAAAAAGGUGA